CUAAACAUUUUUUUUUUUUUUUGAAACUUUUCAAUUUUCUCUUCUACUUGGGGAAAACGGCUCUCUAAACAUUUUCCAAACAUGAUUUUUCAUAUUAUCAUUUUGGUACUCAUUGCACUCGGUUCGUAUGGUCGUCUCUGUUUUAGUCAUCAACCACCAACAAAUCAGAGCAAUUCGAACACUUCAUUUCCGGUGAACCAAAUAGGUUCUCAGUUGCUGGGCCACCCAACUCCACCGAGUCAGAGCAAUCAGACUUCGUCAUCUCCGGCUUACCCAACCCAGCAAGAACAAAACACUCAUUCGCCCAGGCACUCAACUCUGCCCGGUCAGAACUACCUGAAUCCUCAGUUUCCUAUGAGGGGUCCUCCAUCUCCCGCUCAUCCACCUCCACCAGGUUGGAAUAGUAAUCAGUCUCCUUCAGUUCCGUCUCACCCAAGUCAGAGGAACCCGACCGUUCCAUUUCCGAUGAUCCAACAAUUGUUUCACUGGUCGGAUCUACUAAGCCAGAGGAACUUAACCCUUCCAUGUCCGGUGAUCCAGCAACGUUUUCAGUGGUCGGACCCACCAAGUCAAAGUAUUCAGACUCUUCCAUUUCAGAUGUUUCAGCUAUUUUUUCAGUCGGCGGCUCACUCACUUCCACCACCGUCUCCUUCUUCCAUUAGGAUUUCUGCAUCACGUGGCCCACUUCCACAUGAAUUCCACGCAAUGGACCGUCUAAGCUUAUGCGUUCUAAACUAUUUCUUUGCUGGUGGACCAAGCUACACAUCGACGUGGUCUCAACGCCCAAACCUAAGUACCAGCAUCCAUAUCCAAUGCUUCCUCAACCAGGCAGCUUUCUCUCUCUUCCUUUUGGCGAACGCGGUGUUUCCCCGAACACGACCAGUUCUGGCUUUCGUCUUAGACCGUCUCUCAUUCUUUCUAAUCGUUAUCUCAGCUUACUUAGCUUCUAUGCCCAUGUUCCCUCCCUACGUUGCUAUCAUUAUGCUCCUAGUUGUAGCUAUUGUUUACAUCUUUGCUCGUUUCAGGAGUAACACUUGACGUUAAAAAAAACACUCGACG